AAUGACGUGUCAGGAAGCCCCGGAAGCUGUCAGUAGUGUCUCCAAAAUGGCCUACCAGACCCUCCAGCAGGAAUAUUUACAGAUUCCUGUUGUUACCAGGGCUUACACCACGGCCUGCGUCCUCACCACGGCUGCAGUGCAACUGGAGAUCAUCACACCGUUCCAGCUCUACUUCAACCCAGACCUGAUUCUGAAGAACUACCAGGUAUGGAGACUCAUCACCAACUUCCUGUUCUUCGGUCCAGUCGGCUUCAAUUUCCUGUUCAACAUGAUAUUUCUGUACCGGUACUGCCGGAUGUUGGAGGAAGGCUCCUUCAGGGGUCGGACGGCUGACUUCGUCUUCAUGUUCCUGUUCGGCGGCCUGCUGAUGACCAUCUUCGGCAUCUUCGUGAGCCUGGUCUUCCUCGGCCAGGCCUUCACCAUCAUGCUGGUGUACAUCUGGAGCCGCAGGAACCCCAACGUGCGCAUGAACUUCUUCGGCCUGCUGAACUUCCAGGCGCCCUUCCUGCCCUGGGUGCUGAUGGGAUUCUCCCUGCUGCUGGGAAACUCCAUCAUCGUCGACCUGCUCGGUCCGUUACGCCGCCGCCGCCGCUGCCGGGCCGCCUCAGAACUCAUCCUCUGUUUUGUUUCCAGGCAUCGCUGUGGGUCACGUCUACUACUUCCUGGAAGACGUUUUCCCCAACCAGCCCGGAGGCGGACGCUGGCUCAGGACGCCGUCCAUCAUAAAGAUGCUGUUCGACACGCCGGAGGAAGACGCCAACUACAACCCGCUGCCUGAGGACCGGCCCGGCGGCUUCGCCUGGGGGGAGGGCCAGCGCCUGGGCGGCUAGCGCCUGGGCGGCUAGCCCCGCGGUGCCUUCAGGGACCCUGCGGCGGAGACGGGAAGGGGACGGACGCGCUCGGUGUUUUCCUGAUGUUUGUUUAGUUCUCGGUGAAGAAUGCCAAACAGCCUGGACUGCUGGGGAGGAAACGGUUUUGUUUGUGUUUUUGGCUUUGAUCAUCUUCAGAAACUCUUCGCCGGCGCCAAAUCGUCACGCCGACACCGUUUUCAGGAGCGCCGCGGUUCUGGACUGCAGACAAACGUUGGACAAUGAGUCUGUGGGACUCCAUGUUUAUCUUGGUCUCAGAUUAAAAUCCUGACGUGUGAAAAAGAUUUAAAUAUAAAACAGAAUUUAUUCCUUCUUUUCCAUUUCACUUUUUAAACUAAUAAAUGUGUGCAGCAGCAAA